AUGACGCUCCAAACAUGGCUGAUCAUCUUCUUCGAGCCCGAGAUCAGACAGCACUUUUACCGAUUGGUUAACCCAAAGGUCUACCCAACCUCAAAAGCCACCAGCUCUGAAGGCCACCCGUUUCAAUUCGCCUACCAACAAAGUCCACAGGCACCAACUGUACUGUUGAAGGCGAUCUCAAAUCCCAUGAGAUUCACC